GUGGUGGUGGAUGGAGUUGGUUUAUGGAAGGGAGAAUAAGGGAAGAGAAAGGGAGAAAGAACGAAGAGAAUUAUGAAGAGAAUAGGGCUUUGGGGAUUAUUACGACAGUAGGCAGCGCGAAUGAGUAAGGUUUCGCAAGGCAUUAACCGAUGCUUGUGUAUCGAAGGCUCGACACUUCUUACACUCAACCGAUCUGCGCGUUUUUUAAUCGUCCGAAUCUCACCCAGUUUUUCUACGAGGUCAUAUCGCGUUCAUAACUUAUCAAUAAGAUUGAACUUUGUCACGUGCUAUUUAUACGUCGAUUGAAUAAGCCCGUCGUUGACUUUUACGAUAAAAAUCAUAUUUUCAUUUAUUUAUGAGUUUCAUCAAUAGUGCAUGAAUUCCAAUCUAAUCCGAAUUCAUAAUGUAACUCUCACUGGGAACAAGCGCUCACCUGGCUCUACUUCGGACAUCGCAGUUGUUCGCCAAGUCUUUAACGAUAAUGAUUUCGCGACGAAACGCGAUCGUUAUGUGUCCGACCUCGUUCGACCUAUGUAGAUAACACACAAACGCGAGAUAUUACUCUUUUCCUUCGUUUCGUUCUGCCUUUCUCUCUCCUUCGUAUUUUAGUACAAAUACGAUAUUUGUACGAAUAGGAAGUUACGAGUGAAUACGGCCUCUGUCUCCGCUCGCGGUUAAACAGUUCGACCAACUCGAACAAAUUCGUGCAAAGUUUUCUCCUUCGACAUUUUAUUCUCUCACACAUUUUUCCCUGUCUAUUUCUUGCUGGAUCGCUCAGUGCUCUCGCGACUGCCAAGGUGUUUAAUUCUCCGAGUACAACCCCUCGUUCUGGAUACUUAAACUAUUAACGUUUCUUCACCAAAGAUAUUGCAAAACCUUUUUCACGUUAUAAAACUACUCGAUCGUUGGGCUAAAACCUUGAACCGGGAACGAGAAAAAACAUAAAACCUUGCAAAACGUAAACUUAACUGUAACGUGUCCAUUGAACGGUUUGGCAACUCGACUAUUGUCUAUACAAGUGAAUCAUGUUUUUUCGAACGUCCUUAAUCGCCGGCAGCAUAAAGCCCCGGUACACCCUAAUAAGGAAACGUAAUUAUGCGACUUCGAUACUUAAAAGUCCUUACGAUAGUAUACAACUUCCCGAUCAAACGUUGUCCCAGUUUGUGUGGUCGCGGUCUCACGAAUGGGAGAAUCUUCCAGCAGUGACUUGCGGAGUUUCCGGUCGAUCUUACACUUUCGGUCUGGCUAAAAUGUUAACAGAACAAUGCGCGAAAGCGCUCGUUGCAAAAUUGCCGCUCGAACGAGGCGACAGGAUUGGCUUUCUUCUCCCAAAUUUGCCAGAAUAUCUCAUUGGUAUACACGGAUGUUUGGACGCUGGUUUUGUUCCGACUUUCGCUAAUCCGCUUUAUACCGUCGAUGAAAUUGUCAGGCAAUACUCAAACGCAGGUGUACGCUCUAUCGUUACUAUACCUCAGCUUCUAGAGAACGCUAUCGCGGUAUCUCACUCCCUUCAUAAUUACACGUACACCCUAAACGUUGGCGGCAAAACCGAUCUUGAUAAGAAAAUUCUGGGUCUUCAGGAAAUUUUGGAAUCAGAUUACGAGCAUAUUGUACUGCCAAAAGUGAAUCCAAACGAAUUGGCAGCCUUACCGUACAGUUCGGGCACGACCGGUUUGCCGAAAGGUGUAAAGCUGAAUCAUAAAAAUCUAGUUGCCAAUGUAAUGCAAAUAUCUCAUCCAGAUAUAUCGGAUUUGAAGCCGAUGACUUCGAAGGAAGAUCAAGAAAUGGUUUUUUCGGUUUUGCCAUUUUUUCACGUAUACGGCUUCAACGCAAUACUAAAUGUGUGUAUUUACAAUGGAAUACACGUGUUAACGAUACCACGUUUCACGCCGGAGGAUUAUCUUCGAUGUCUCGUUGAGUACAGACCAACGGCAAUAUUUGCUGUGCCAUCGUUGCUUUUAUUCCUCGCAACGCACCCCUCGGUCACAAAAGACCAUUUGCAAUCUCUCACAAGAAUAGUAUGUGGUGCGGGUCCCAUUUCACCGAGCGUCAUUCUUAAAUUCACUGAAAAAUUGAACAAAGAUACAAAGUUCGAACAGGGUUAUGGACUGACGGAAUCUAGUCCUGUCCUUCUCAUAACAGCCGCGAAACAAUCUGCGUCGAAAAUCGGAACUGUAGGCCAACUUCUGCCCUCUACAGAGGCUAAAUUAAUCGACCCCAAAAGUAAUGAGGAAAUCACGAGUCCCAAUACACCUGGUGAAUUGUUGGCGAGAGGACCUCAAGUGAUGACCGAAUAUCUCAACAAUCCCGAAGCCACAGAGGAGAUAUUGGACUCGGAGGGUUGGCUGCACACAGGCGAUGUUGCUUACUUCGACGAGGAUCAAUGUUUCUACAUUAUCGACAGGAACAAGGAACUCAUCAAAGUCAAAGGGAAUCAGGUGUCACCUACGGAAUUGGAGGCAAUUUUGAUGGAUUUACCAGGAGUGCAGGAUUGCUCGGUAAUGGGGACGCCUGACGACGCGGCAGGAGAAUUACCAAUGGCUUUUGUCGUGAAGGCUCCAGGCGCAAAUUUGACAGCCGACAUGGUGAAAGAUUACAUCACGCCAAAAGUCGCCCCCUUUAAAAAACUCGAGGGUGGAGUUAAAUUUAUCGAUGCCAUACCACGAAAUCCUUAUGGAAAAAUUAUGCGACAGGAGCUCAGAUUACUGAACCGCCAAAAUCCAUAAAUUUUCCCUCUGCAAUUCUUUUUUAUAUAAAAAAAAAAAAAAUCAUCAUAAUUCCUCAUCAAUUACAUUUACAAUAUCUAUCCAAUUCUAC